CAUAUUUGUUUGCUGGUGUAUUGUUGUUCACUUUUCUUGUGGGCUCCCCCCUCUCCCCUCCCUCCCCAAAACCUCCAAACUCAUCUCACUCACAAUCAGUUGACAGUACAGAGAUAGACCCACCUGGGGAGAGUAGGAGGAAGAAGAGGAGGAAGUGGAGGAGGAAGAAGAAGGGGGCAAAGUCAAGAGUCGGUAGGGAGAAAUUGUUGUCUGCAGAAUGGCUUCAGCAUUUGAUGAUGCUGUUGUGCUUGGAUGGAAAUGAUGCCAGGAGACCUGGACUAUCUGCAGGUUACAUAUCUGCAGACUUCAUCACCAAGGCUACAAAGAUUACUACCCUACUCUGAACGAGGAUAUCCCAUACUAGAUGUCAGGAAUUCUUGCGGCAGCUCUAGGAGGUGCAGCAGGAGGCUUGGCACUAGUAGGCAUUGUCAUAGUUGUAGUAGUACUUUGCCUACGGCACCGCAGAAGAACUUCAGACUCUUCAGAAGGUAGUUCAUCAGGUCCAGCUCUACCAGAGUCACAGGGAGCAAGAUGCCUGAGUUUGGAGGAAUUAGGUUCAGCUACAAGGAACUUCAGCAGUGUGAAUCUUAUUGGACGUGGAAUGUUCGGAGAUGUAUACAAGGGUUUGAUACAGGAUGGCACAAUGGUUGCUGUUAAAAGACGACAUUCUCCUCCUAGCCAGGAAUUUAUUCAAGAGGUUAAUUACCUGUCAUCUAUCCGUCAUCGUAACCUUGUAAACCUUUUGGGGUAUUGCCAGGAGAACGGCAUACAGAUGCUUGUUUAUGAGUAUGUCCCCAAUGGCAGUGUUUCUACACAUUUACAUGGUAACAGCCAUGCCCCAGGUGUAAAGCUAGAAUUCAAGCAGAGACUUUCUAUUGCUCAUGGAGCUGCUAAAGGCCUAAGUCACCUGCAUUCGCUGACACCCCCUGUGAUCCAUAUGAACUUCAAAACAGCUAAUGUACUUGUGGAUGAAGAUUUUGUACCAAAAGUUGCAGAUACUGGCAUCCCAGGCCUACUUGAUCGACUCGGUGGUGCAGGACCGUCUUCCAGAAUAUCUAAUGAUUCUUUCCUUGAUCCUCGAAUGAAGGAAUCCAUAAAUUUUUCUGUACAAAGUGAUGUGUACAGUUUUGGUGUGUUUCUUCUGGAGUUGGUUAGUGGACGAAGAGCGGUAUCUGAUCAAAGCAUCAUUCAAUGGGUACAGAACUUUCAGGAAUCAAGUGAUAUCUCUGCAAUUGCAGAUAACAGAAUGACCAGUGGCUUUACCUCGGAAAGCAUGAAGGAAUUGCUGCGCUUGACAUCAUGGUGCUUAAACCCAAUAAGCGAGCAGCGUCCGUCGAUGAGCUUGGUGGAGGCUGAAAUACACCGGAUCCGUGAGCAAGAGAUCAGGUUGACGACGGUCAUGGCAGAAGGCACCCCAACUGUGACUCUAGGCAGUCAGCUCUUCACAACAUCAAGGUGAAGAACAAUGGAACGUGUAGCAUCUCAUAGCAAAGCUAGUUCUCUCGUCAGAGUUAUAGAUUAGUCUGUCCUCUUCCAACUUGUCUCUUCUUUUCAUGUUGAGUCAGCUGCAUCUCAAGUGUACAAAAAAGGAACAGCUGAGAGGUCCCCCCCCCCCCCCUUUUCAUUUUUCUUACCCUGCUGAUUUCUUUUUUUAUUCUUCUUUCUCCAUAGAUUUUAGAAAGAAUGACUUUUCCUUUCUGUCGGAUAUUUGUAAGAUUGCGAGGGUGGUGGCAAACCGGCUAUUCGAAAUGUCCAGUGCAUUAGUGCCCAUGUAUUUUCUCAAAACAUUGGAGAAAAUAUAAAAGAAACAUGCAGGAAGUUGAAGGAACAA